UGUGAAAACCGUAAAGGAGGAAAUUUCACAACUCAAUGAAAUGGAGGAGAAACCUCAUCAUUUAAUACCCAAGGAAGAAUCUCUGAGCUGCUUGAUUACUGGGAGAAAUUUGUCACCUAAAAGAAACAACAAGCAAAAGGCAACAACAAAAGAUUUUCUUAUUUGCCCUCAGUGCGGAAAGACCUUCACUAAGAAAGGUCAUCUUAAUCAGCACAUGCAAAUUCCCACUAGAAAAGAACCUUACAGAUGUGAUCAGUGUGAAAAGAACUUACUUCCUGAGUCUGACCUCAAUGGGAACAUGAGAGUACACAAUGUAGAAAAGCCUCACACAUGUGAUCAGUGUGAAAAGAGUUUUAAGAAUAAAUGGCACCUUAAUGAGCACAAAAAAGCUCACACUGGAAAAAAACCUUACAGAUGUGAUCAGUGUGGAAAAACCUUCAUUCGCAAGCCUGACCUGAAUAGGCACAUUAAAAUUCACACUGGAGAAAAACCAUACAGAUGUGAUCAGUGUGGAAAGAGCUUCAGGGGUACGUGGAACCUUAAACACCACAUGAAAAUUCACACUAGAGAAGAGAGUGAUCAGUGUGAAAAGAGCGUUGUUGGUAAGUUUGAUCUCAACAAUCACAUAAGUAUUCACGCUGGAGAAAAACCUUACAGAUGUGAUCAGUGUGGAAAGAGCUUCAUUCGCAAGUCCCAUCUCAACAAUCAUAUGAGAAUUCACACUGGAGAAAAGCCAUACAGAUGUGACCAGUGUGGAAAGACUUUCAUUCGUAUGUCUGAUCUCAACUGGCACAUAAGAAUUCACACUGGAGAAAAACCUUUUAGAUGUGAUCAGUGUGGAAAGAGCUUCAUUCGUAAGUUUGAACUCAACUGGCACAUGAGAAUUCACACUGGAGAAAAACCUUUUAGAUGUGAUCUUUGUGAAAAGAGCUUCAUGCGUCAGUUCCAUCUCAACAGGCACAUGACUAUUCACACUGGAGAAAAGCCUUACUGAUGUGAUCAAUGUGGAAAGAGUUUUGUUCGUAGGUUCGAUCUCAAUGGGCACAUAAGAAUUCACACUGGAGAAAAGCUUUAAAAAGCUGAAGAGUUCAGAUGCAAAAGCCACCAAAUGCCACCUCCAUCAAUUAGAGAAGAGAGUGAUCACUGAUCAGUUUGCAAAAAAGCAUUACCAGUACACCAACAGGAACACAUUUUCAGCAUGGCUGUAAACCCAGAUAAGGUUUCUCAUGUGAACAGUGUGUUGUUUUAUGGAUGAAAGUGCUACAAUAAACACUGACUUAGGCGCUGACCCUGUGGGUUCUUUGGGGCACGGCUUGAGCAUCCACCCAAAUGCCCAAACACAUACAGUAGUCGCGGAAAACCUGACCGCGCCACUUUCAUCCUCUUCAAAACGUUUGGGCGCUCCAGAGCGUCUGGUGUUGCUAAGUAACCCUAAGCAUUGCUUUAUGAGGCACGGUUGCGGACAAAUGUGAAGUGAAUAUUCAAAAGCUGAUUACAAAAGAACCACUGAAGAUGUUCUUCAUGAGAGAUCAGAUGGAUGUGAUGUGCUGUAAAUCAGUAGGAACUGAUCUGUCCAUGCUGGAUAUUGAUGAUUUGAUGACAGAAAUCUCUCAGCUGAAGAAAGAGGUGGCGUUACUGGAGUCAAAGCUCAG